CCACCAAGUCUUUGUCUUUUAUACAAGACUGCUAUUAAAUAAAAUUAACGGCAAUUCUUUCUUAUAUCUGUUUACGCUUAUAAAUGUAAGCAAUUGUGUUUAUUUGUACAAGUCAACGCACCUUCACAAUUCUAGGCCGAGAAUUGAUCAAAACAUAAAAUCAGUACAAAUAUAUUUGUUUCUUAUCUUUUGUAAGGAUAAAAGGGGCCUUAUCUUUCGUCUCAGAUAACCGACACUUAGUUGUGAAACGCACUUCUAACAUAUAACGCGAAUUUUAAACAAGACAAUAUACAAUAAAUAAAGAUAAAUAAUUAUAUAUCAAGUGCAUUCAAUCAUAAAAACUUAUCAAUAACAGUGCAUAAAACGAACCAAGAACUUUAUUUAUAUCAAAAUUAACGCAAUUAUUUAAUGGUCAAAAAAACAGGAAUAUGGAAUUCGACAACGAAAGAAGGGGAAGCAGAACUCGUGCGUUAGAAAGAUCGUUAAGUUAUUCAGCUGCUAUCGGCAAUGGAUCAGGAAGAUCUUCCAUAGAAAUACCAGCAAUGGUUAACACAGAAGUUUAUACAAACGAAGAAAUAAAGAAACACUACAGAAUAUCACAAACAUACGUCGAAGGGAAGGAAAUUACAUUUCCUAAUGUUAUAACGAAUGUAGAUUCAAAUUCAUCACAACCAUAUAUUGAUAGUAAAAUAUCGGAAAUAUCACAAUAUUCAAGUGAAGAUGAAACAACUGAUAACGGUUUAACAAUGACCAUAGAUGUAGAAACUGAAUCACAAAGUCCUAAAUCAUCAGAAACAAGGCAUAUAUCAGAUGCUUCGACACAACCGAUGGUUAGUUCGAUUGUGACAAAUGAAACGUACGAUAGGAUUGAUUUUAUUGAAAGCAUUUAUAAUGACCCGGACGAUUUAACCGGAGGUCAUGGAUAUUCAACACCUUAUAGUAAAAGGAGAAAGAAAGGAAAAAAGCGAAGGCAUCAACACGGCCGUCCGAUCAGGUCCCGUCGCGUUGUGUACAAGAGUGGUGAGGAGAAUGUCCCAGUACGCACCAACAUACCAGCGAAGUCUAUUAAAUACAUGCGUGAUAUCGUCAAUACCGUGAUUAACAGCAAAUGGCGUUUUAUAAUCUUGCUAAUGAUAGUAGCUCACUUUAUCUUCUGGUUCAUAUUUGCGGGCAUCUGGUAUGCUGUAGCCUCGUCCUACCAGGAUGACAUAGGAGAUGGCAAGGAGCAUUGUGUCACUGGAACUUCCUCAUUCGCUGGUCUACUUAUGAUGUCUGUUGAAACCCAGAUGACAAUCGGCUACGGUGUGCGAUAUCCCAGCGAGGAGUGUCCUGAAGCUAUCAUCGUUAUGGUCAUAGAGAUAGUAGCUGGCACUGCGUUGUCUGGAGGCUUGUCCAGUUUGCUGUUCACAAAACUCGUCAGACCAAACCGACAUCUCUCCUCUGUAGGAUUCAGUAAGAAGGCAACUGUGUGUCUUCGCGAUGGUGAGCUUUGUCUGCAGUUUCGAGUGUGGGACUUGCUUAACCUGCAUCUCAUCGGGUCCACAAUCACCGCCUACAUGCUCAAACCUAUAAGGACGUUGGAAGGUGAAAUAGUACACAACUAUAUUCACCCGCUGCGGCUGAAGCAAGCGCGCGCGCUGUUGCUAUGGCCGGUCACUGUGGCGCACGUCAUAGACUCCCGCAGCCCGCUCUAUGACCUCUCCGCACAGGACAUGAUGGAUUAUAGGUUCGAGAUUGUGGUGUGUCUGACAGGAUCCUCAAAGAACAUGGGCACAGUGACUCAAAGCCGGACGUCUUAUCUCUCAAAGGAGAUUAUCUGGGGAUACCGCUUCAAGAACGUUCUCAAAUACUCUAAGAAAGAAGAAUCCUACGUAAUAGAUGUAGAUAAUCUGAACACAGUAGAACAAGUAGAAACGCCGCUCUGCAGCGCGAGCAGAUUGAAGUUAUUUGAAGACGAUAUCAAGUCGUCCCACAACCUUCUCACUCCAACAAACAUGUCUCUUUCCCCCACCAACAUGUCACUCAGUCAAGAAUCAUCGACGGUGUCUAAAAUAGGAGAAUCUGUACCUUCAUCCCCUGUUUUCACAAGAACUGGCACACAAAGGAGUUUCGGUUGGAACUUCAGAAAGUUUUAUCCUGAAGAGAAUAAGAAUGGUGUUGAGUUUAGUUCUUAAUUUUUUAUUAAAUAUAAGUUACUUUAAU